AUGGAACUGUCAAUUGACAUAUCUGAUAGAGACGUAUCUCUCCAUCGUUUUGGUGUCCCUUACCGUCUAACUUGCGAGGCUUGCCUGCCGUACAUAGAAACCAGCGAUCUAUGCUCUGUUUUCGAGGAGCAUCAGGUCUGCGCCAGUCUUGAACAACUCUUGGCCAACCGAAUUUGCCUUUCAACCGAAAAAGAGGUACAAAUAUAUAUGUUUGGUUCUGAGAUUAUGUUAAGUUUCACUUCAAGGAUAAGAAAAUCUAUAGCAAGCAUCAAGCUGAUAUAUAUUUUAAAUAUGAAUUUAUACUUUGCGUUUUGA